AUGGACAAGUACACAACUCCCAUCCGUGCAAGAGCACUGCUGCCGGCUCUACUCCUUCUUAUCAUAUGCCUUGCUACUACUACACAAUGUCGAAUCAUCAAUGGCAUCGAUAAGGAGAAGAUCACUUUACACGGGUUGUGCGUUUUACACAAACCAGUCCUUGGUGACUACUGUUGCAAAGUGACGAAUAAGUGUUACAUAUCAGUUGAAGCCUGCCUUAAUGAGUGCAAAGGGCCUGCAGGCAUGGUGGCGACGGCAACCCCUGCUUUAGUUACCCAAUCUUCAUUCCUGUCAAAUUAA